GUGUCGGUUGCCGCCUGGGCGGGCGCCUCCUUUUCAUCCCUCAUCCUUCAUCCCCGGCGUUCGCGCACUAGCGGAGUGGGAGCUGCGAGCACGUGAGGCGGGGGCGCGGUCCCCAGCUGCGGAGAUGGCCCUGAGCGACGAGCCGGCCGCGGGCAGCCCCGAGGAGGAGGCGGAGGACGAGACGUUGGCCUUUGGCGCGGCGCUGGAAGCGUUCGGCGAGAGCGCGGAGACCCGGGCGCUGCUGGGCCGCCUGCGGGAGGUGCACGGCGGGGUCGCGGAGCGCGAGGUGGCCCUGGAGCGGUUCCAUGUAAUAAUGGACAAAUACCAGGAGCAGCCUCAUCUGUUGGACCCACACCUUGAAUGGAUGAUGAACUUGUUGUUGGACAUAGUGCAAGAUCAGACAUCUCCAGCUUCCCUUGUACAUCUGGCUUUUAAAUUUCUUUACAUCAUCACCAAGGUUCGAGGCUAUAAAACAUUUCUUCGUUUAUUUCCUCACGAAGUUGCUGAUGUAGAGCCUGUUUUAGAUUUGGUCACAAAUCAGAAUCCCAAGGACCAUGAAACUUGGGAAACCCGCUACAUGCUUUUGCUAUGGCUUUCUGUGACCUGCCUAAUCCCUUUUGAUUUUUCUCGCCUUGACGGGAACCUCCUCACCCAGCCUGGGCAAACACGAAUGUCCAUAAUGGACCGUAUUCUCCAAAUAGCAGAGUCCUACUUGAUUGUCAGUGACAAGGCCCGAGAUGCAGCUGCCGUCCUUGUGUCCAGGUUUAUCACACGUCCUGAUGUCAAGCAAAGCAAGAUGGCUGAGUUCCUGGACUGGAGCCUGUGCAACCUGGCCCGUUCCUCCCUCCAGACCAUGCAGGGGGUCCUCACCGUGGACGGGACGCUGCAGGCCCUGGCACAAAUAUUUAAACAUGGAAAACGUGAAGACUGUUUGCCCUAUGCUACCACCGUCCUCAAGUGCCUCGAUGGCUGCAGACUCCCUGAGAGCAACCAGAUCCUGCUGCGGAAGCUGGGGGUGAAGCUUGUGCAGCGACUGGGGCUGACCUUCCUGAAGCCGAAGGUGGCAGCAUGGAGGUAUCAGCGUGGCUGCCGCUCUUUGGCUGCAAAUCUGCAGCUCGUCACUCAGGGUCAGAGUGAGCAGAAGCCACUCAUCCUGACCGAAGAUGAUGACGAAGAUGACGACAUCCCAGAUGGAGUGGAGCGUGUGAUAGAGCAGCUGCUGGUCGGGCUGAAGGACAAGGACACUGUCGUGCGGUGGUCUGCAGCCAAGGGCAUCGGUAGGAUGGCUGGCAGGCUUCCCAGAGCCCUGGCGGAUGACGUGGUCGGGUCUGUGCUGGACUGCUUCAGUUUCCAGGAGACUGACAAGGCAUGGCAUGGGGGAUGUCUGGCGCUGGCGGAGCUGGGCAGGAGAGGCCUGUUGCUGCCGUCUCGCCUCGUGGAUGUCGUUGCCGUGAUCCUGAAGGCGCUGACCUACGACGAGAAGCGGGGUUCCUGCAGCGUGGGCACCAACGUCAGGGACGCCGCCUGCUACGUGUGCUGGGCCUUCGCGCGUGCCUACGAGCCUCAGGAGCUGAAGCCCUUUGUGACUGCGAUCUCGAGUGCACUGGUAAUCGCUGCGGUGUUUGACCGAGACAUAAACUGCAGAAGAGCAGCCUCUGCCGCCUUCCAGGAGAAUGUGGGGAGACAGGGCACUUUCCCUCAUGGUAUUGAUAUUUUGACCACAGCUGACUAUUUUGCUGUUGGUAACAGAUCCAACUGUUUCCUGGUUAUAAGUGUGUUUAUUGCCGGCUUUCCUGAGUACACCCAGCCAAUGAUAGAGCACCUGGUUACCAUGAAGAUCAACCACUGGGAUGGGGUCAUCCGAGAGCUGGCUGCGAAGGCGCUGCACAACCUGGCCCAGCAAGCACCCGAGUUCAGCGCCACGCAAGUCUUCCCGAGGCUGCUGUCCAUGACACUGAGUCCAGAUCUACACACGAGGCAUGGGUCGAUUCUCGCCUGCGCAGAAGUUGCUUACGCCUUGUACAAACUUGCAGCCCAAGAGAACAGGCCCGUCACAGACCAUCUGGAUGAGCAGGCAUUGCAGGGCCUGAAGCAGAUUCACCAGCAGCUCUAUGAUCGUCAGUUAUACAGGGGUCUGGGAGGACAGCUCAUGAGACAAGCAGUGUGCGUUUUAAUAGAAAAGUUGUCACUUUCCAAAAUGCCCUUUAAAGGUGACACCAUAAUUGAUGGUUGGCAGUGGCUGAUAAAUGACACUUUGAGACAUCUCCAUCUCAUCUCAAGUGACUCCCGACAGCAGAUCAAGGAUGCAGCAGUCUCGGCCCUGGCCGCUCUCUGCAGUGAAUAUUACAUGAAGGAGCUGGGGGAGGCAGAUCCCGCAAUUCAGGAGGAGCUGAUCACGCAGUACCUGGCUGAGCUUCGGAACCCCGAGGAGAUGACUCGCUGUGGCUUCUCGUUGGCCUUGGGCGCCCUUCCAGGUUUCCUUCUGAAAGGCCGGCUCCAGCAGGUUCUCACAGGUUUAAUAGAAGUUACCCACACUUCCCCUGAGGCCGUAAACUUUGCUGAAUCCAGGAGAGAUGGCUUGAAGGCCAUUGCUAGGAUUUGCCAGACUGUCGGUGUGAAAGCAGGAGCCCCAGACGAAGCUGUGUGCAGAGAGAACGUUUCCCAGAUUUACUGUGCGCUGCUGGGCUGCAUGGACGACUACACCACGGACAGCAGAGGGGAUGUGGGCGCCUGGGUCCGCAAGGCCACCAUGACCAGUCUGAUGGAGCUGACCCUUCUGCUGGCUCGGAGCCAGCCUGAGCUGAUAGAGGCCCACAUCUGUGAGCGCAUCAUGUGCUGUGUGGCCCAGCAGGCCAGUGAGAAGAUUGACUGUUUCCGUGCUCACGCCGCCAGCGUGUUCCUGACUCUCCUGCACUUUGACAGCCCUCCCAUCCCCCACGUGCCCCACCGAGGAGAACUGGAAAAGCUCUUUCCCAGGUCCGACGUGGCCUCCGUGAACUGGAAUGCACCUUCCCAGGCCUUCCCACGCAUCAUCCAGCUCCUUGGGCUGCCCACCUACCGCUACCACGUCCUGCUGGGGCUAGUCGUGUCCCUGGGCGGCUUGACGGAGUCGACGAUCCGGCACUCCACCCAGAGCCUCUUUGAGUACAUGAAGGGCAUUCAGAGCGACCCGCAGGCCCUGGGCAUCUUCAGUGGGACCCUUCUGCAGAUCUUUGAGGACAACCUUCUGAAUGAGAGGGUGUCCGUGCCGCUGCUGAAGACGCUGGACCACGUGCUCACACACGGCUGCUUCGACAUCUUCACCACGGAGGAGGACCACCCCUUUGCUGUGAAGUUGCUUGCACUUUGUAAGAAAGAAAUCAAGAAUUCAAAAGACGUCCAGAAACUCCUGUCAGGCAUUGCAGUGUUCUGUGGGAUGGUGCAGUUCCCUGGCGACGUGAGGAGGAAGGCCCUCCUGCAGCUGUGUCUGCUCCUCUGCCACCGCUUUCCGCUGAUCCGGAAGACCACGGCCAGCCAGGUGUAUGAGACGUUGCUCACCUACAGUGACAUCGUGGGCGCGGAUGUGCUGGACGAGGUGGUGACUGUGCUCAGUGACACCGCGUGGCCGCGUGAGCACCUGUUGGAAAUCAAGAGGCACAGGCGGAAACAAGAAAAGCUCUCCGCACGCCUCUGCUCUGAUGUCUGCUCCCUUCCUCAGGGCCAUGAGGCCCUCAGGAGGCCAUAGCGCCACUCUCCACGUUUACUGUGGCAGGCACAGCUUCUGCAACAUGGGCUGGCUUCUUUACCGUGGUGGGGUUUUGAAAGACGCGUGUAUUGAGUGGGGAGUGGGAGGGUCUGAAUGAGAGAGCAGAGUGGGGAAAGUGCAGGCUCAGGUGUCCUGGGCCAACCGGUGUGGUCUGGGAGCAGCAGUGAUGGUGCCUUACCAUGGGCAUGGUCGGUCACCCAUGCUGACUCACACACAUGCUCACUCGCGCACACACACUUCUAAAAGGGGAGCAGUCUCGCCACCCCGUGUUGGAGAUCAGGACUGUAGCAACCAGAGGCUGUGGGCGUCCACGUGGCAUACCCGGGGUGGUGGAGUCCCAGGUGUCCUGCCUGUGGACGCUGUUCUGUUCAGAGCGCCGACUGUGAGGGCCUCCGUGCUGAUCCCGGUGCGUUGCUACAGGUCUGUGGGGUCUGUGCCCCCGUUGAAUCCAGCAAGGACGUAGGUGACGUUCCCUAGGUGUCUCCUUGGAACAGUGACCUUCCCACAGGGCUGGGUUCCCAUAGAGCUUACGCGCCAGGCAGCCACUGUGGCCUCGGAGGACAGAGGUGGCCUCUCCAGGGUUCCGCGAGGUUUUUUGGUUUGGGGAGGAGUGAGUGUCUCUGCUCCUAAACAAACACGUGGUCCCAGGAGAGGAACCAGGAGCAGCCCGGCUGUCUUGUCAACAUCCAUUGAGAGAUCGGCCAUCUUAACUACUGCUUUGGAGACACGUUUUUACAAUGAUGGUUUUUAAAAAAAACACCAAGGUGCAUUCUGGAUCAGAUUCUAAAACAAUUGGCUUUAGGACAGUGAAGAAGCCAGGUGUCCCGAGCGGGGCGAGGCCUCCUCCAGUGAGGCUGGGCCAGGGCGGCCUCCUUUCCUCACAUCAGCGGAGGAACUAGCAGGGUGGGCCUGGGGGCUUCUCCUAUCGUUUAAACCCGUUAAAAAAAAAAUCCUUAGAAUUUAAAGAGAAUGUUUUUAAUUACAAACAAAAAACAUGCCCCAGAUAUCUCCACAGCAUUGCUAGAAUUUUUAUUUUGCAUCAACAGCUAAAUUAAAACCUUCAAAACCCUUGUCAGCCCCUCCUUGGCCUCGCUUGGUCCGUCCUCCCACAGUCCCUGCGCUGGGCGUGGUCCUCCCCGAGGGCACCCCGUGUUGGGAAGGAACCGUCCUCCUGUGAUUCUGGAAAGGGUUCAGGCUCGAGGCUGUGCUGGAGAACAUGCUCCUGUGAUGUCUUUUCUGCCCUCAGCCUGGCUGUGGAUAUCGGGGGUGAGGUCUCCCUUCCCUGAUGAGGGCCAUGGAAGCUUGACGCGGGGCCUCUGCACACCUGAGGUUCUCAGGUGGGCACUCGAGAGACUCACGGCUCUCCCUCUCCUCACAGGGACGCGGAGCUUGCGGUGGUGAGACAGCAGCGCAACCGUCUGUGUGACCUCCUGGGUGUGCCAAGGCCCCAGCUGGUGCC